GUGACCGUACAGUAUAUUACCGUAUUGGAUGCACGACUAAAGUGACGCAUUUUAAACAGAGAAAAGCUAUCUUGGACUCUCACGAAAUAAUGCCACAGGUGCAAAGAUCACACAAUGUAAUAGUCAUUUUCAUCCUACCGGGUGGAGUCCUGUCUGGCUUGCUGCAGUUAGCGGGAAAUGUAACUCCAGGAUGGACCAGAUGGACCCGCACACAGAACCGUAUGUGGAGCCACGAAAUCGGUAUAUGGUAUACAUUGAAAUGUGGAAAGCAUACCUGUAACAUAGAAGGGUUAGAUGCAGCCGGUCCAAUACAUGUACAAAUGGCCAUUGCGCUGGUUGCUUGUUUCUUCGUUGCUAUAUACCUGAUGUUUAUCAAGACCAGAGGAAGUGGAAUUCAAGUGAAGCACCUUGCAAUCAGUGCGUACUUUUCUCUGAUGUCAGGUAUUUUGUCAGUCAUGCCAGUGGUGUAUCACGUAUAUUAUGUAAUGCCGGCAGAUGGAAGUUUUGCAUACUCUUCACUACUGGUAGGAAUGGGCGGAGUCCUCGCCUUGAUGGUUUCUGGGACAUCUCUGUGGCAAGUGUGCUCAAACCUAACGACGCGAGAACAAAGACUGGAGUUGACCCCCGUCCAUAGUCAGCGCGAUGGAAACACACUACUAUAACCAUUUUUCGAACGCAAUGUAUUUACUAGAAGAACGUUAUCCCCGCCAGGCGAAGCACUUACACACGUUAUAGUCACAAUGUAUGGACUGUAAAACACAAACACACUCUUGUAAAUAUGAAUGAAAAUCAAGCCCACGUGAAUGUACUCAGUGCCUUUGCAGAAGACAAAUAACAAGAGAAAUACCACGGGCCGACAAAACAGGCCUAAGCAGCUUAGUCCUGUCGGCUACAAGAACUUCACAUCAUUGAGUAUUAUUCCACCUGUUAAGUUACAUACAAUCAAAGGAUAGCGUCAAGAGGAGUUUAGCACUAAACAUAAGAGAUAUCACAAAACAUUGGGGUCUAAUUUAAAGAAACACUUAUGUUAAAUGAUCCAAAGCCUUAUGAAAAUUGCAAACAAAACCCCUUGUCGCAAAAGUGUCUUAAGAUUACAAUGUAAUAUUAGAUUUUACGACCAAUUUUGAAGAAUGUAAGAACAUAUAUACCAAUUUAUGCUUGCUAGAAUAUUUAUUAAAAUGCUUACUGAUUCUUCAUUUUAAUAUAGAUAAACACCAGUGUGAUGGAAGUAGACGCUGAGUGAUUAUGAAAGUGUGAUAAAUUUAUACUUUUACUAUUGUUUUAAAGCGGCGUAUUAGAUAGAGGUUAUUUAGAUGAUACAUUUGAAUGAUAAUUACAUUGAUUACAUCUAUUUGUUCCCUUCAUAAGAUUGUAUUGAGAUUCUAAACGCAAACGCUUAAAUUAAUUAAAAAAUAAAGAUUUAAAAGUU